UCAACUAACGAAAUUUCACUUUCGAUGUGAUUCCAAUUCUUGUCAGUUAGUUGGUGUUUGAUAGUUGCACUACUUACACAUCAUCUGGGAGUCUGGUACCAUUUACUUCACAUUACAAUCAGAAACUUCAGCGGUGCUGCUUACAGCAGAUAACUAAUACACAGGUGGACAAUAUCAGUGGGGUCGUCACGCAUCUUACUGGUUGCUAUUACUUGUAUCAUCAUGGACGUCAUGCAGUAUCCUCCGGGAAAUCAACGGGUCUUCUCUGUUCAGUGCGGAGAUAAAGGAACCUGUUAUGGCGAGCGACAAGACUGCAACGGCAACUAUCACUUGACUUCUCUUGCUCCGGGCACUGAUGUGAACAAGGUUGCAAAAGCAGUUCAACAGAUGAGAAUUGCAGUGGGUGAUUGCCAACUGCCCGAUUACACUGACCAAUAUCUUAUUAAAUGGCUAAGCGUGCAAGAUUUCGAUCCGGUUAGAGCCGAGAAAAUGCUCAGGCAGUGCUUGGAAUGGCGGCGAUUAAAUCGAGUAGAUGAAAUCCUAGACGUUUACACACCCAGUGAAGUUUUCAAGAAAUACUAUUCUGAUGGACAAGUUGGAUUUGACAAAUGUGGCUGCCCCGUCUUCAUUUCUGCAAUAGGAAGAGUUGACCCUAAAGGAAUUUUUUUGAGCUCAGUCAAGAAAGAACAUUCAGAUUUUUUUAUAUGGCUGGAGGAAACGUAUGCCAGACGAGGCAGAGAAGCAACUGAUGGCACCGGCAAACAAGUGGGAAUGAGUACAAUAAUUUUAGACUUUGAACAUUUUUCGAUGAAGCAACUGACAUGUAAAACAGUGGUGCAACAAAUGUUUGAAGUGGUCAAGAUAAAGACGGGCUAUUAUCCAAUGGAGAAUCGCCGAAUUUUUGCCAUUAAUGCUCCGAAAUUAUCCUUUCAGUUAAUGUUUACCAUGGUGAAACCGUUUGUACCUGAGUGCGUGCUUGGGACAAUUAAAGUUUUCGGUAGCAACAAGGCGGAAUGGACGGCCGCUUUGUUAGAGGAAAUCGACGCUGAUCAACUUCCUGCAUUUUACGGCGGUUCCAUGACCGAUCCUGAUGGGGAUCCCAAAUGUCCCAGAAAGUUCAACAUGGGUGGAGAGGUACCUCAGACGUAUUACCUGAAAAAUAGUGCACCUGUGCCCAAGGAUAACAUGCAAACAGUAAACAUCAUCGCUGGUGCUGGUGGACGGAAAAAACUGAAACUCAAUGUCACCAUCGCGCGUUCCGUAUUGAGGUGGGAGUUCAUGACGGAGGGAGGAGACAUCCGAUAUCGAGUCUACAUCAAGAAAUCUAAAGGAAACGUUGUCGAUGUAAUUCCACUUGAUCGAGUUGACAGCCAUUUGAUGAUGGAAGAAGGCCAGUUUACUUGUGACGAGCCUGGCAAAUAUGUCUUCGAGUUUGACAACACUUUCAGCUAUCUGCGAACCAAGAAACUCCACUAUCACAUUUAUUUCGAUCCGCCUUAUUUAUAGAAAAAACAACAACGAAAAAAAAGUAGAAAAGUGAUUGGCAGUAAAACGGUUAGAUUUUCAAUGCAAUAAUCAAUAAUUCCGGUAAUUUAUUUAUUAUUUAAAGAAUUAUUUAUAAAAUCCUUUGUAAUACCCAUGAAAUCAAUAAAGCAGUGGGAAUUUG